AUGAACUUGAAAGGCACUACAUUCCGAGCAAUACAGACAUACGGCGCGUUGCACCUUGCCGCCUGCCAGGGAAACAUGUUGGCUGUCCGAUGCCUCCUUGUCAAUGGCACAGAUGUGAAUAGCUACCACGAGCUCUUCGGGUAUCCACUCUAUCUUUCAGCAUAUUAUGGACAUGGUGAGAUUUCUCAGCUGCUGGUAGAGCAUGGCGCUAACGUCCAUGUCGUUGGUAACGCGGGAUCAAUUUUGGAAGCUGCAGCUGAACAGGGCCAUCACGAUGUUGUCCGAUAUCUCCUUAGCACUGAAUUGGGCAACAGUCCUCGCCAUGUGAACAAAUCAUUUAUAGCAGCUUGCAAAGGUGGUCACUUAAGCAUUGUCAAAGCAUUUCUGUCGCAUUCGUUCACCGAUAUCAACUUCUGCUUUCGAUACCGACAAACUUGCAAUUUUCCACUCAGCGUCUCCAUAGAACAUCGCCAAAGAGAGACAUCCAAUUUCCUCUUAAGACAAAGUGGCAUAUCACUGAGCACACACGUCAAAGGUCCAUACGAACAUUCACUUCGCAAAGCUGCAGAACUUGGGUGGGCGGAUACGUUGCAACUUAUUCUCAGUUUCAAAUGUGUCGACCCAAAUGCAAAGAGCCGCGACACGGGUGUGAGCCCGCUCCUGGUAGCUAUUCAGCAGGGGCAUGAACACAUCGUGUGCAUUCUCAUUAACAGAGACGAUGUUCAGCCCUUUGCUUUCCAUGAGAAGGAGCCAUUGUUCGGCGCUGGAAAGCUCUGUCCUAUACGGCGGGCUAUUCUCGGUGACCAUGGAGGCAUUUUGAACCUGCUACUUGAUCGCUACAAUCUCAGUCCAAAUACAGCACUGAAGUCACAUUGGUCGAUAUUACGGGCAGCAUGUGCUGCAAACCGGGAAUCAGCAGUCAGGUCACUACUCCAGCGGGUGGAUGUAGAUCCAAAUCAUAGAAUGGAUCCUGAGACCGACGCAACACCACUUUACACAGCCUGUGAUCGAAACAACGAGUCUAUCAUUCAUGCUCUACUGAACCACAAACUCACAGACCCCAAUAUUCCUUUUGAAAAGAUGUCACCCUUGUGGCGGACCCUCCUUCAUCAAUGUGAUGAAUACACGCCACUACUCAGAUCGUUCCUGCGCCACCCCGGGCUCAGGCUGGAUAUCAAAAUCCCAACAUCUGACUUCGUCUAUCACUACCACUAUGAUUUUGGAGUUGUGAAUAUGAUCAAACAACGACCCGGAGCUGAUCUCCUGUUAAGCAAUGACAUCACGGUGGAUCAUUGGUACGAUGUAGUUGCUCGUGGAGACACCGAGGAGGUUAGGAGGCUCAUCGCAUCCGGGGAACUGGACCCCAACUGUACCACUCAAGAGGACUGUGAGCCUGGUGCUCCUUUACGCCGCGCGGUAUUGUCUGCUGCUCGGGAGACUGUUGAGUUUCUGCUGUCUAUGCCACAAAUCGAUGUGAAUGCCGGGUGGAGCGGCUCUGCAUUGUCAAUCGCCGCCAAUGAAGAUGACAUGGAAAUGAUAGAUCUACUACUCAGCGACCCAAGAGUUGAUCCAAACUAUCAAUCGAAAAAAAUAGAGGGGUACAGGGUCGGGUAUCCUGAAGCGAUUGGGGAGUGGAUAGGGUCCGUUGGAUACAAGUUCCAGAAGGGAUAUACUGGGAAUGAAACACCGCUGUUGAUCGCUGCUAAGAGAGGCAAUCUCUCGGCAGUGCAGAGACUAAUGAACGACGAGCGAGUCAAACCAGCUAUACCGGACCUGCAAGGGAGGACUGCGCUGUGGUGGGCGUGCCACUACCGUCAUGUCGCCGUUGUACAGGCACUUCUGAGCACUGCGGAACCGGGUAUCGACAUGCAAGACAUCCGAGGAUGGGCACCACUGGCUGUUGCCGUGAAUACCGGUCGUGUUGAAACCGUAAGACUCCUGUUACAGAAAAAUGCCCAGAUAUCACCCGAGAUACCUUCUGGCUCAUACGCAAGGCCGCUCCAUCUUGCAGUCCAGGGGGGGCACGAAGCCAUAGUGCGGGAGCUCUUGAGCGAUCCCACCAUCGAUAUGAGACAAAAGAUGUACACGGAUUCCAAGGCGCGGCCCUGGAAUCCCACACCGCGGGAGGCGGCUUGGAGUACAGGGUUUGAUGUCAUCACGACGCUGAUUCAUGACUAUGAGGACGAGCACACUACGGAGCAACAGCGAGAAGAUCAAGUCACGACCAUAUAA